UCUGCAGUUCUACGCCCAAAAAUGGCAGCGCAAGUGAAAAGUUUGGGCUGUUUUGUCCGAGUUUGUUUUAAUAGUAGAGUUUUUCUUCAGCAACCGUGUCUUUACUGAACCGGGCUGCUUUUCACAUUGGUGGCACAGCGGAGUUUCGUGCCAUGGUUGUUGAAUAAUGUAAAAACAACAACAACAAAGUAUUAGGAUGGCGUCUUGCUAUCCGCUGAAAAAGCGGGCAUCGCUUUAUCAAUGCUAGCCUAGCAGGCUAACUGCUAACAGUAGUUAGCUUUUAGAAGUGUGAGCUUUAGUAGUUAUGUUUUUGUUUUGACAUGUUCUUCGUGCUGACCUGAAUAUGACGAAGAGGAGCCGUGCGCAGAAAUGGACGAUGAUGUGAAAAAAGUGAAGAAGCCAGGGAUCGUGUCUCCAUUCAAGCGAGUCUUUGUGAAAGGAGAGAAGGGGAGGGACAAGAAAGCCCAGGAGAAGGCAACUGAACGCCGGGCCCUCCACACCUUCUCUCUGUCUCAGCCCGAUCACCGCAUUGACCCUGACAUCCUGCUUAACGACUACAUUGAGAAGGAAGUCAAAUAUUUGGGGCAGCUGACAUCAGUUCCAGGAUACUUGAACCCAUCCAGUCGGACAGAAGUCCUGCAGCUCAUUGACAAUGCGAGGAAGUCUCAUCAGCUGGCUGGCCAGCUGACAUCAGAGCAGGACGCAGUGGUGAGCUUGUCCGCGUACAACAUCAAGCUUGUCUGGCGCGACGGCGAGGACAUCAUCCUCAGAGUGCCCAUCCACGACAUCGCUGCCGUCUCUUACAUCAGGGACGACUCGUUACACCUCGUGGUGAUUAAAACAGCCCAGGAGUCCAGAGGCUCUCCCUGUCCCAGCUCGUGUCCUGAUCUCAACAAGUCUCAGACCCUCAGCUCGCUAUCGGAAAGCGGAGCCAUGCUUGUUGAAGUCUGCUGUCUGCUUGUGCUGGCUGUUGACAAUAAGGCAGCAGCAGAGGAGUUGUGUUUGUUGCUCAGCCAGGUCUUUCAGAUAGUUUACACAGAGUCCACCAUCGACUUUUUGGACAGAGCCAUUUUUGAUGGUGCGACGACACCCACCAGACACCUGUCUUUAUACAGUGAUGAUUCCUCAAGCAAAGUGGACGUUAAGGAGGCUUUUGAAGCGGAAGCCAGCACAUUUCCCUUCCAGGUUUCCGUGGAGACAGAACGAAACUCUCCACCCACGUCCUCACCAACAUCACCUCAGACAAAGACGGCAAGUGAAGGAGAGCUCAGCACCACAGCUGCAGAGUUACUGCAGGACUACAUGACCACAUUGCAGACAAAGUUGUCGUCCCAGGAGAUCCAGCAGUUUGCUGCUCUGCUCCACGAAUACCGUAACGGUUCCUCCAUUCACGAGUUCUGCAUUAACCUGCGACAGCUCUAUGGGGACAGCAGGAAGUUCCUCCUCCUCGGCCUGCGUCCGUUCAUACCAGAGAAGGACAGCCAGCACUUUGAGAAUUUCCUCGAGACCAUCGGCGUCAAAGAUGGCCGAGGAAUAAUCACAGACAGCUUUGGCCGCUACCGGCGUACGGCGAGCUCCGCCUCCGAUUCCACCACUAACGGCAACGGAGCAGCUGGGGGAAGCGGCGACAGCGGGGCCUCAGACGAGGGCCGGGAGCCCUCCGAAGGGGACGAGUGGGACCGUAUGAUCUCCGAUAUCAGCAAUGAUAUUGAAGCUUUGGGCUGCAGCAUGGACCAGGAUGGAGUGACACCCUGACACAGGGAUGCUAAAGAUUCCCGCCUCCAGAAGAUGCUUAGCAGUUUCCACUCACUCAAGGAAAACCUCAACAUUUUUACCACCGAAACAUGAAGUCAACAGAUGCACUUCCGGUGAGCCUGCGGAUGAUGUGCAGCCACUGGUGUCACAGCUGCAUUUCAGAGGAAUUCUUAACCUCAUAUUUUUUUAAGGACUGUUUGGUUUUGUGUUCUAUUAUUGGCAGUAUCUGCCACAGCUGUCAGCAAUGUAGCGAAAGUCUCCAGAGUCUGUGAGAAUAUUUCAUUUCCCUCAAAGGGUUCUGGGGUGACAGACCCUCAGACAGGACUGUGUAGAAAUACUACUUCAUGCUGUUUUUAUUUUUUAUAGGUCUGUCAGCUUCAUCCAGCAGGAAAAAUUAAGGUCUGUAUUUACGUCAUUUUUGUGUUGCUCUUGUGUUGUUGGCUCGAUGUAAACUAGUUUUUGACUCGUGCACCGCCUUGUUUUACACUAUCGUAUUGUUAUCAGUGUUUAUUCCUUUAUAGUUUUGCCCAAUUCAAACUGACAGAAUGCUGUAAGCCAUUAAAAUCUUUUUUUUUUUUUUUUAAAUCAGUCUGAGUGAGGAGUGCAUGUGACAAAGCCACUUUCUAUAUGGCUGAUGCAAGUCUGAUUUUUCUUUUUUAUUUUCUAUUUUUGAUAGCUGUCAUCUUGCAUCUUUCGUUACAUUUGUCGUGUGCCUUUUAACGGCAGCACUGCUGCCAAGCUAGUCAUCUGUUUCACACAGGAAUGGACUUAUCAACUGUAACAGCAGUUGUUGAGCAAAACAUGGUUAUUAAAUAACAGCCACUUUA